AGGCAGUCCUAUCUGACAGCUGCGCUCCUCAGCCCACGCUGCGCCUCCUCUCUGCUGCUUCUUUGGGGAAAAUAUUCGGCCAUUUUUCCCCCUCAGGAUCCCUCCGCUCUCAACUUUUUAUUUUUAACUCCCCUUUUUUGUCCUCGCAUCGAGUGUUUUUUGUUUGGUUUUCCGGGGCUGUUCUUCGGAGUCGAUCGGUCUCACAGUUUCAAUCAUUGGCUGUGAUAACUUCACCCUCUCUGAGCUUCAGUGGCUCCAUACAAGAAUUGAGCUCAGAUAGCUGUCAGUCUCACACAGAGGUGAUGGCUUACCUUGGGACUGCAGUCCGGCGCCUGAUAUCAGCUGUGCGGCCCCCUCUGACUCCGCUAUGUCGGGCAAGUUGUCGCUCGUAUAGCACAGAGCACACCAGUGAAAAGAGCGUCCCUUAUGAGAAGACACUGAAACAGGAGGAAGGAUCCUCCUCAGGACCCACUAAGCCGUUACCAAGGUCAGCCGAUGUGGUUGUGAUCGGAGGAGGCAGUCUCGGCUGUCAGACCCUUUACCACCUGGCCAAAAUGGGCUUGACUAAUGUAGUUUUGCUGGAAAGAGACAGGCUGACUGCUGGCACCACCUGGCAUACUGCAGGCCUGCUGUGGCAGCUCCGUCCCAGUGACGUGGAGGUGGAGCUCCUGGCCCACACCAGAAAUGUGAUUAGCAAAGACCUGGAAGAGGAGACAGGCCUCCAUACUGGCUGGAUCCAGAAUGGAGGACUCUUCAUCGCUUCCAACAAGCAGAGACUGGAUGAAUACAAGCGCCUCAUGUCGUUGGGUAAAGUUUAUGGCAUCGAGUCCUACGUUUUGUCACCUGCGGAGACUAAGGAUCUUUAUCCACUGAUGAACGUUGAUGAUCUGUACGGAACGCUGUAUGUUCCCAAAGACGGCACCAUGGAUCCUGCAGGGACCUGUACCACUCUGAGCAGAGCAGCUUCAGCCAGAGGAGCCACGGUGAUCGAGAACUGCCCUGUGACCGGUAUCCAAGUGCGAACAGAUGACCUUGGGGUCAAGAGGGUUAAGGCGGUGGAGACGGCUCAUGGGACCAUUGAGACACCUUGUGUCGUCAACUGUGCAGGUGUGUGGGCAACCAAACUUGGUGAAAUGGCUGGAGUCAAUGUUCCUCUUAUUGCAAUGCAUCACGCUUAUGUAGUGACAGAGAGGAUAGAGGGCAUACAGAACAUGCCAAAUGUUCGGGACCAUGACUCGUCGGUCUACCUGCGUCUCCAAGGUGACGCUCUGUCUGUGGGUGGAUAUGAACAAAAUCCCAUUUUUUGGGAGGAGGUGUCUGAUAAGUUUGCCUUCAGCCUGUUUGACCUGGACUGGGACGUAUUUAUGCAACAUAUCGAGGGAGCUAUAAAUAGAGUUCCUGUUCUGGAGCAGACCGGCAUCAAGUCAACUGUCUGUGGACCGGAAUCUUUUACUGCCGACCAUAAGCCGCUGAUGGGGGAGGCACCAGAAGUUCGAGGUUUCUUCCUUGGUUGUGGCUUCAACAGUGCCGGUAUGAUGCUGGGAGGUGGUUGUGGCAGAGAGCUUGCUAAGUGGAUCAUACAUGGCCGCCCAGAAAACGACAUGUAUGGAUAUGACAUCAGGCGUUUUCACAGUUCUUUGACAGACAACACACGCUGGAUCAGAGAGAGGAGCCAUGAGUCAUAUGCAAAAAAUUACUCUGUGGUAUUUCCUUUUGAUGAGCCACUGGCCAGCCGUAACAUGAGGAGAGACCCGUUCCACGAGGUGCUGACAGAGCAAGGUUGUGUGUUUCAAGAGCGACAUGGUUGGGAGAGACCUGGCUGGUUCAACAAAGAAGGGCCGGCUCCUGUUAAAGACUAUGAUUACUAUGGAGCUUACAACAUUAAAAAUAAUGAGAACUACAAAUACAAAGAACUGCUUGGCAAAGAGUACACCUUUGACUUCCCUCCGCAUCAUGAUGUGAUUAAAAGCGAGUGUCUCUCAUGCCGACAUGACGUAGCUGUGUUUAACAUGUCCUACUUUGGGAAGUUCUAUCUCACCGGACCAGACGCCAAGAAAGCAGCUGAUUGGCUCUUCUCAGCUGACGUCAACAAGAAGCCAGGUUCCACUGUGUACACUUGUAUGCUGAAUAAAAGAGGAGGGGCAGAGGCUGACCUGACAGUAAGCAGACUGGAGCCAGGUGCUGCCAAGCUGCCGCUGGCACCAGAAUCCAAUGGGGAUGCCUACUACCUUGCCAUCGGAGGUGGGGUCGCAGAACACAAUUGGAACCACAUCAGAACAGUUAUUCAGGACCAGGGCUUCCAAUGCCAGCUGACAGACCACUCUGAGGACAUGGGGAUGAUCAGCAUCCAGGGACCUAAGAGCCGGGAAGUUUUACAGGAAGUUUUGGACACAGACCUGAGUAACGAAGCCUUUCCCUUCUCUACACAUAAAGUUGUGAACGCAGCAGGACAUCAGGUUCGAGCGAUGCGUCUCUCAUUUGUAGGUGAGCUUGGCUGGGAACUGCACAUUCCCAAAGACUCCUGUGUUCCCGUCUACCGAGCUGUCAUGGCCGCCGGUGCAAAGCAUGGCAUCAUCAAUUCAGGCUACAGAGCAAUUGACUCUCUUAGCAUAGAGAAAGGGUACAGACACUGGCAUGCUGACCUUCGGCCUGAUGACACACCUUUGGAGGCGGGGCUUGCCUUUACUUGCAAACUGAAGAGCUCUAUCCCGUUUCAAGGCCGGGAAAUACUGGAGAAGCAGAAGAAAGAUGGGCUGAGAAGACGCAUCAUCUGCUUCACCAUUGAUGAGAAAGUACCAAUGUUUGGUUUGGAGGCUAUAUUCCGCAAUGGCGUCCCAGUCGGUCACCUACGGCGAGCAGACUAUGCCUUUUUUAUUGACAAAACUCUUGGUUAUGGAUACAUCCGCAACCCUGAUGGAGGAGUGGUGAGUGCCGACUUUGUUAAAACUGGCGAGUUUACUCUCGAAAGAAUGGGAAUGACAUACAAGGCCAAGGCCCACCUCAAAUCUCCAUUCGACCCUGAAAAUAAACGUGUUAAGGGGAUCUACGAGUGACCGGUCAGAGAACGAUAUGCAGCCUGCCACUUUUUUCACAUUCAGUUGCAAUUACAAUAAUGCAUAUAUUUGCCAUUUAAAAUGUUUCUAAAGGUAUUUCUAUUGUAUUUUUAACAUUAUCCAGUAUAAAAUCAAAGCAGGAAGAAUCUGGCUCCACUGUUUCUAAAAAGGAAAUAAUGUAAGAUUAUCAUAAAAAUUUUCAUCAAGAUCAAGAUUUUUUUUCUCAUAGUCAAACUACUUUUAAGAAUCUCAGUGUGCAUAUUGGCAUGUAUGACUUUAAAGAUGACCUUCUAACUGCAAUUACCGUAUUUUCUGGACUAUAAAGCGCACUUCACUAUAAGCGGUAAAUUUUUAGGAAAAACUUGAAACGUACAUAUAUAAGCCACACUGGGCCAUAAGCUGCCUUGUUGUAGUAUGUUGUUGUGCUAAAUGAAAAUUAGACCCUUAUUCUUUCAUUUCCAACUUUGACUUCCCCCUCUGGUGGUCAGGAAAAAUCCACAGAAAAGCUGCACCAUAUUUUAAGCUGCAUGGUUCAAGGCUUGGGGAAAAGUAUCGGCUUAUAGUCUGGAAAAUAUGGUAUUUCUCUUUCUGGCAGCUCACUUUGCAUUGAGCCGUUUAGCAGAACUCAUAAUAAUGAUCAUAGAUUUGUUUCAGUAUUGCAAAGUUCUAUGUGAAGCACUGGCAGUGGCUGCCAUUAACCAAAGACAUAUUUCAAGGGCUUGGAAAAGAGAUUAUCCAUGUUUGUGUGUUUUUACUCAAAUUGAAUACCAUGCUGAUGUUUCCUUAGUAAUGAGGAUUUAUUGUUAUUUGGUUUUUAAAUUAAGAGCAACGCUGUUUUUGAUUACCCAUUAAUCGGCUGCAUCAUUAUCACCCACAACUGGAGAUCAGGGCUUCAUCCUGAAAGCUAAAAUAUUCAUAAAGUCUAGCAAACUGA